UAAUCUGGGCUGCAGCCCUUAUCGAUCGGUUUCCCUAUUAGCUGUAUUUGAGCGUUUCAAUCGUUUGUGAUUUGGAUAAAAUAGUUAUGGAAACAGAGUAGUUUUUCAGUUGAGGACUCCUUUGCUUCCUUAUUUUCAUGCAAGGACUUUUAUCGAACUAUAAGAACCCUACUUUGCCUACCUUUCUUCACCACAGCGUUUAAUAUUGCUUUCUCCUCUUUGCUUUGAGUCUGUUUCUUGGUUGAAGAUUUGGAGACAAGGAUGACUAUCCUCAUUGAGCAACCAGAUCUUAAUGUGCCGCAAUUGGAGGUCAAGAAGGUUUUGGACUCUGAGAACAAUGAAGAAAUGUGUGAAUUGGUAUUGGAUGGUGGGUUUGUGAUGCCAAAAGACAUAGCCGACAACGAUGGAUGUGUGAAGCCAGAAGUUCUUGAGUCAAAUGAUGAGUUCAUUGCCCCCGACAUCAAUGCAUUUGGCCAGACAUUCAGGGAUUAUAAUGCAGAAAGUGAGAGGCAGAAAAGUGUGGAGGAAUUCUAUAGGUUGAACCACAUUCAUCAGACAUAUGAUUUUGUGAAGAGGAUGAGGGAGGAGUAUAGGAAGAUGGAUAGAGUGGAAAUGAGCAUUUGGGAAUGCUGUGAGCUCCUUAAUGAGGUUGUGGAUGAAAGUGAUCCUGACUUGGAUGAACCGCAAAUCGAGCAUCUGCUGCAGACAGCUGAAGCAAUUAGGAAAGACUAUCCUAAUGAAGAUUGGCUGCAUUUGACUGCUCUUAUUCAUGAUCUUGGAAAAGUGCUUCUUCUUCCUAGCUUUGGAGGGCUUCCUCAAUGGGCUGUUGUUGGAGACACACAUCCUCUUGGUUGUGCUUUUGAUGAAUCCAUUGUUCACCACAAGUAUUUCGAGGGCAAUCCAGAUCAUCACAACCCUUCCUAUAACACUAAGCACGGAAUUUACUCUGAAGGCUGUGGACUAGAAAAUGUCAUGAUUUCUUGGGGACACGAUGACUACAUGUACUUGGUGGCCAAGGAAAAUGGAACAACUUUGCCUGAAGCUGGAUUAUUUGUUAUCCGUUAUCACUCCUUUUAUCCUCUUCACAAGUCAGGGGCAUAUAAACAUUUAAUGAACAAGGAGGAUAAAGAGAACUUGAAGUGGCUUAACAUAUUCAACAAAUAUGAUCUCUACAGCAAGAGCAAGGUUCGAGUUGAUGUCGAAAAAGUCAAGCCGUACUAUUUAUCUCUUAUUGACAAGUAUUUCCCAGCAAAGCUGAGAUGGUGAGCCAUACUAGGGAGACUACAACUCUUUGCUCUCAUUCAUAAUGUACAAACAUUGUUUACAGAAGAAGAGACGUUGUGCUCCAUCCACUGCAGAGAUUUAUUUACAAGAUUGAUCUAUGUAUUUCAAGAAAUGUAUUCUUGCGCUUAUACGCGCACUGCGGAAAUACCCAAUUAAUUCCACAGAUAAAUAAAAUAAGUUUAUUCUUGCAUCA